AUGCUAGCUCAUGUUCGAUUGUACAAAAUGUGCUGUGGUAAUAAUAAUGGUAACUCAUCAAAUUUUGCUUUGAAGGAGUUGACACAGAUAGAACUGACAACUUCGUUAGAAUUAAUUAAUCUCAGAAAAGAAUUUAUUGUCACUCGAGGUUUAAUUCUUGGAACACUGAAUGUUUUAAAAAAGGAGUACAUCGUGUCCUUUAAUUUAAAAACCAUAAGUUACUCUGAAGGUUUGAAAAAUGUUCUUCAUUUAACCUUAGGAAAUAACUGUGAUGUAUAUGGUGACAGAAAUCCAGGUGUCUGGUUUGAUAAAGAUGGCUCUGGAAAACUUGUUAUUUGUGUUGCAGUUAAUGAUAAUCGUAAUUACUGCAAUAGUACAAAUCCACUUGGUUUGAAUCAAUGGUACAAGAUUAAAAUAUAUCAAGGUUUCAUGAAUGGGUCAUACUUUUUAACUGUUUGUAUAGAUGAUGUUCAUAUUUAUUCAGUUGAAAAUACUAAGCCUAAAGAUUUUGAAAACAUGAAAGUAUAUGCCUCUAAUCUUUGGGAGGAUGCACAGAAUGCAUUUAUUUCAGAACUUAUUAUUGAAAAUAUAGUCAAUGGAAAAGCUGAACACAUUAAUCAUAGAAAUGAGUUUAUUCUCACACGUGGAUUAGUUCUUGGAACAAUGACCACUUUAAAAAAAGAGUAUAUUGUGUCCUUUAAUUUAAAACCUAUUAGUUACUCUAAAGGCUUGAGAAAUGUUCUUCAUUUAACUUUGGGUAAUAACUGUAAAGUAUAUGGAGACAGAAAUCCAGGUAUUUGGUUUCAUGAAGAUGGUUCUGGAAAGCUUGUUAUUUGUUCUGCCAUAAGUAAUAAUCGUAACUACUGUAUUGAAACAGAUCCGCUUAUUUUGGGUCAAUGGCAUAGUAUUAGAAUAUAUCAAAGUUUAUUAGACAGUAAGUAUUUUUUUGCUGUUGAUUUGAACAGUGUAAAUGUUUAUAAAGUUGAAAACUCUGUGGCUAAAGAUUUUGAAAAUGUGGAGGUUUAUGGUUCUAAUAAUUGGGAUGAUGCACAAAAUGCUACUGUCUCUGAACUUUUUAUUAGUAAUGGAAAAGCUGAGUACCUUGUUGGAAAUAACCCUACACCAUUAGUACAAGGAAAGAUUCUUGCUAGAAUACCAAUGCUAGAAAAGGAGCAUUUAAUUUCAUUUGAUCUCUAUCUUAACACAAUCCAAUCUAGUUGUACUAGUAUUAUACACUUUACUUAUGAUAAUUAUGAUGGAAAUAGAGUUCCAGGUUUAUAUUAUUGUGAUGAUUUUGGACUACAAAUUGCAGAUCCGUAUAGUGGUGUUGAUGUUGGUGUGUCUCUGUAUAUAUUAAAAUUAAAUUCUUGGUCAAAUCUUGAAGUAAGUCUAUUUUUAGAAGGUUCAUUUUAUGUGUAUAGAAUCAAAAUAAACGGAGAAAUUUUAUUUUUUAAAAUUAACGACAAAGCCGAAGAUUUUUACAAUGUUGAAGUAUAUGCUUCAAAUCUAUUUAACUCUGCUCAAAAUGGAUCCAUAAAAAACUUGUUUGUUAUCAAUGGCAGAUCAAGCAUUGGAGUGCAACCUAUUAUUUUUUAUCCUAAAGAUCAUAUAAACAACAAAAAGGAGUUCACUAUUAAGGCUGGUUUAUUUCUUGGAACACUUGAUGUCUUAAAAAAAGUUUACACUGUUUCUUUUAAUUUGAAACCAUUAAGUUAUUCAAAUGGUUCAAAAAGUGUUCUUCAUUUAACAUUGGGUGGAAACAGCAAAACUUUAGGAGAUAGAAGUCCAGGUAUUUGGUUUCUUGAAGAUGGUUCAGGAAGGCUUGCUAUUUAUUCUGCAAUAGAUAAUAACUACUUUGUUAUAACAAAUCCGCUUCCAUUAGGUCAAUGGUCAAAUAUUGUAAUAUGCCAGUAUUUACAGGGCGACAUAUAUUUGUUCACUAUUGAUUUAAAUAAAGAUAGUAUUUUAAAAGUGCAGAAUUUCAAUGCAAGAGAUUUUGAAAACAUAAAAGUAUAUGCUUCUAAUCCUUGGGAUGAUGCUCAAGAUGGUUUAAUUUCUGAUCUUCUCAUUGCUAAUGGAAAACCUGAGUACCUUGUUGGUAAUAAAAUUACUCCUUUAGUGAUGGGAAAACUUAUUGCUGAAAUACCAGAUCUAAAUGAAGAAUAUUUAAUAUCAUUUGACAUCAAUCCCAAUCAAUUUUUGUCAGGUAAGCGUAGUGUGGUUCAUUUCGCAGAUAAAAACAAUAUUGGUAGCUAUGAAAACAGUCCUCUUAGUAUUUGGUUUACUGAAGAUAGCAGGCUUGCAAUAAGAGCACCUAUUAGUGAUGAUUGGACUUUUUACUCUAAUUUAAUUGGAACUAAUAUGUGGUCAAACAUUGAUUUAUGCCAAAUUUUAAAAGGCUCUGAUUACAUUUAUAUAAUCAGAAUCAAUGGAGAAAUGGUUUAUUCUCAAUUUAUCACCCAGCCUAAAAGUUUCAAUAAUGUAAAAGUUUAUGCUACAGAUCCAUGGGGUGAUUCUCAAGAUGGCUCAAUAAAAAGUUUGUUUGUCAUCAAUGGGAUUUCAAAUAGUGAAAUACAACCUAUUGUUAUUCUUCCAACAGAUUAUAUUAAUCAUCAAGAAGAAUUUACACCUACUAAAGGUUUUCUUCUUGGAACACUGAAUGUUAUGGCAAAGACUUAUACCUUAUCUUUCAAUUUAAAGCCUUUAAAUUAUUCAUAUGGAUGGAAAAGUGUUCUUCAUUUAACCUUGGGAAGCAGUAGUGAAGCUUAUGGAUACAGAAAUCCAGGCGUUUUUUUUGAUGAUGAUGGUUCUGGAAAGCUUGUUAUUUAUUCUGCAAUAAGUGGAAAUAAUAAAUACUCUAUUAAAACAGAUCAACUCACAUUGGGUCAAUGGUCAAAUAUUAAAAUAUAUCAGUUUUUGCAGGACAGUAAAUAUUGGUUUGCUGUUGAUUUAAACAAAGUAAACAUUCUGAGAGUGGAAAAUUCUGAUGUUAGAGAUUUUAAAACUGUAAAAGUGUAUGUCUCUAAUCCUUGGGAUGCAGCACAAAAUAGUUCACUUUCCGAUCUUCUUAUUAUUAAUGGAAAAGCUGAAUAUCUUGUUGGCAGUAUCAUCACUCCGUUAUUAAAAGGGAAAAUUGUUGCUAUAAUUCCAAUACUAGAUAAAGAAUAUUUAGUUUCAUUUGAUGUUAACCCUAAUAAGUUUGUCGCUGGUUUUUAUAAUGUUAUUCAUUUAACUAUUGGUUCAGAUAAUUUCGAUUAUGGGGAUAGAGUUCCUGGUGUUUGGUUUAAUAAUGAUGGUAAAGGUGGGCUUUACAUUGCUGCUCCUAUUAAUGGAAACAAAAAUUAUAUUUUUUUUACUAAGCCAAUCGACUUAAAUAGGUGGACAAAUAUUAAAGUUGGUCAAUUUUUCAAUGGCUCUUUUUAUAUAUAUACAGUUAAAGUAAAUGAUGAACUUAUCUCUUCAGAAAUUAACUAUAUGCCAAAAAGUUUUGUUAAUGUCACAGUAUAUGCAUCUGAUCCAUGGUACAAUGCUCAAGAUGGCUCAAUAAAAAACUUAUUUGUUAUUAAUGGUAACAUAAGUGGAGAAAUGCAACCUGUUGUUCUUCCUGCAGUUUUAUAUCUUUCACCUGAUGUUAGUAAUAUGUCACUUUUGCCUGCUUCUAGUAAAUACAAAACAAUUGCUGCAAUUUUAGUUCCAAUUUUAGUUGUUUUUUUUAUACUUUCUGCUACAACCAUAUUUAGAAUUAUUAAAAAAAAAUCCAAACAUCAAUCAGUGAAGAAUUUGGAUUCUUUCAUAUUGAAUGGUUUUAACUCACAACACAACAUAAAUGGAAAGGAACUAUCAACAGAUAUUUGGGAGAUUUUUCCUGAAAACAUCAUUUUAGAUAAAAAAAUUGGCGAAGGGGCUUUUGGAACUGUCUUUGUUGCAAAAGUUAAUACUGAGAUUCUGGCUCAAAAUAAAAAUCAUAGGUCUCUGCUUCACUUGGUAUCAAGGAAAGAUUUUACUAAUGUUGCAGUAAAAUUUUUAAAAGAUUCGGCUGACAAAUCUGAACUGAAUGAUUUCUGUGAAGAAAUCAAUUUGAUGAAAGAGAUUGGAUUUCAUAAGAAUAUUGUAAAUAUGAUUGGUUGUUCAACAAUGAAAAAACCUUUAUGUUUAAUUGUCGAAUUUAUGGAGAAUGGGGAUUUAUUGCAUUUUUUGAGAAAAAGACGAGCCAAAACAAUGGCAAGCCAAAAUCUUUCUUCCGAGGUUGUUCUUAAUGAAGUUCUUCUUGAUGAAAAUGAGAUAAUAAUGCCAGAUGAUUUACUUAGUUUUGCAUGGCAAGUGGCAUCAGGAAUGGAAUUUCUUUCAUGCACAAAACUGGUACAUCGAGAUCUUGCUGCUAGAAACAUAUUAGUAGGCGCUGAGAAAAAUGUUAAAAUAUCUGAUUUUGGUCUGUCACGUAAAGUCAACGAUGAAUUAAAUUACAUAAGCCGCAAAAAUCGUCGUUUACCGGUCAAGUGGAUGUCAGUUGAAGCUAUAUUUGACCAAAUGUUUACAUCGUACAGUGAUGUAUGGGCUUACGGCGUUGUUUUAUUUGAAAUAGUUACGCUAGGAGGAACACCUUAUCCAACAAUAAGUAAUCGUGAACUCCUCACUCUUUUAAAAUCGGGUUAUAGAAUGGAUCGUCCAGAUAAUUGUUCCGAAUUCAUCUACGAUAUCAUGUUGCAUUGUUGGAAUGAAGAUCCGUUAAUGCGGCCUACUUUUACAGAGUUACGUGAACAUCUCGAUAGUAUAAUAUCUCAAGGCGGUUGUUAUUUCAAUUUUGAAAUUGAUGAAAAAAAUGCUUAUUAUAACAUUGCCUCGUUUAACAGUCUGCCGUUUGAAACAGUUGAAUUUCCGCUAAGCGAAGUGACUGUUAACAACGAACCAGUUUUGUGAACAAUUUCUCUCUCGAAUGAUAGACGCGCAUAUUCGCAAUCUGUAAAUAAAUUUUGUAUUUAUUGCUGCAACCCAUAAUUAUAAUAUUACAUACGAUAUGUAAUAAUAAAAUAUAUGAGCAAUAACUGUGAAAAGAAAUGUUAUUGAAUAAUGUAAAUCUUGUUGUUUCGAUUCAUGUUUUUAAUCUCGUUGUUUCGAUGUUUUUAAUGUAGUAGUUAGGAUCAUUAGAUGAUUAUAAAUUUUAUUUUUGUUAUAAUUGUUAUAAAUAGAAUGAAAUAUUGUAUUUAACGUUUUUUGGAUUUAUUAACUUUUUAUAUGUAAAA